UCCAUAAGCCCGACAUACAGUAUUGACAUUCACUAGACCAGAGACGGUGCGUGCAAGUAAGUGUGUGCAAAGGUCAGAGUGUCGCACCGGAAGCACAUACCAUAGCAACACUUCCGUUUCCUGCUGGUGCUAGGUGUUUCCCUGUCCGCUCGGUACGAGCUUGUGGAUUCUUGGGCUGAUCUAUGAGGCAUGGAGGCCGGCAUCUCGAACCCUGUAUUUGUACCCUUUAAACGUCCAAAUGAAGAAGAUUUAAAUGCCAUGGAAGGAAAAAAAAUAUGUCCUAUUGACCCAGACAUUAUUAAGAAAGAAAUAAAAGAAGAUGAGGAUGAGCCAGUCAGCUGUGAAGAGGCAUGGUUAAAGGGCUUUGGUUUAUACAGCGAUGAUAUGACUCAGUCAAGUAACCAUUCUAAUGCUGCCGAUAUCAAUUUAAAUGCCUUUGCAGAAGCAGUGUUAGAUUCUAGCACAGAUUUUCAUUGUCAGGUCGAUGAAAAUACAACAAAAGUUUUUGAUGUGGAUAAGCCGUUCCAGCCUUCUGCAGAACUUGUGCCACCACAGUGUUUUGGAAAUAGGAAACUAAGGUUCCAGAGCACUUGGUACACAGAUUUCCCAUGGCUUCAUUACAGCCCUCACUUGAAGGCUGUUCUUUGUUUUACCUGUGGAAAAGCAGAGAGUAUGGGACUUUUGGGAUCUUCAAGGAGAAGAGACUCUGUAUUCACAGUGGUAGGCUUCUCUAACUGGAAGAAGGCUCGAGAAAAGUUUGGCUCUCACCAAAAGUCUAAGAGCCAUGAGUUCGCUACCUGGAAAUUAAUGCAUGCCUUACAGAACCAAAAAAGAGAAGCUGCUUUGGAACAGCAAAGGAAAGUUAGACAAGCUAUUCCACCCCUUUGUCUUAACAAACUGAUUGGUGCAGUGCGUUUUUUGAUCCACCGAGGUCAUACAUUUCAAAAUCAUGAAUCAAUUGAAGAGAGUCUAUUUGAACUUCUGAAAUUCUUAGGUCAAGACAGUGAAAUGUUCAGAUAUUGGCUCAUGACUAAUCAAAAUUUCACUAGUCCAGAAAUCCAGCACGAAAUAAUUGGCUUAAUGAGCCAUGAGAUUAUAGGUUUAAUUACAAAGGAUGUGAACCAAGGUUCAAUGUACUACUCUGUAAUUGUAGACCACAUUGAGAAUUCUGACUUGCAGCAGCUGAGCCUCUGUUUACGAUACUUGGAUUCCGACAUGCACCCUCAAGAGGAAUUUAUUGGCUUCCUUGACCCUAUAGAGGAAACUGGUACCUCUGCUGCAAAUCAUAUUUUAGAACUUCUUGAUCGACAUUCAUUGCCUAUUGAUCUUCUAAGAGGAAUUGCAUUUGAGGUAUCUUCUACCUCUUCCCUUUGUUAUAUGGAAUCACGUGCGUUGCUUAAGCAGAAACAGCCUCUAGCCAUGUUCGUACAUUGUGGAGCUCCUUGCGGUAGUUUCUUGGCAAGAGAUGGUUGCCACGCCAGUCCAUUUCUGCAGCAAGCUUUAUAUUCUGUAAAUGACCUAUGCAAAUUAUUCAGCAAAACACCCAAGUUCAAAUUUUUCUUUUCUGAAGUAAUGCCAAGUCUUAUUUGUCAGACUCGGUUUUUGUGCUCUUCAAAGUGGUGUGUUAACCUAGGAGUGUUAAAUACUGUUAUUCAGCACUAUGGCAUAAUCCUAGAAGGCCUUAGAGAAAUGCAAGCACAUACUGGUGUUUCUGGUGUAAGAGCUAAUGUCUUGUUACGAGAAUUUAUUGAAGGAAGUACAGUUGUGAGUUUGCUCAUUAUAAGGUCGAUAAUGGAGUCACUCAACAUUCUAAAUGUUAAUCUGGAAGAGCAGGACAGACUUAUGUUGAGUACCCUGAAAAAAAUUAGGCUGGUAAAAGAGAUACUGGUGAGGGUUCGGCAAGAAGUUUCAGUGUUGGAUUUCAUAAAACAAGCGGAAGACUUUGUAAUUAAACUUAAUCUGUUACCAUUAACCAUUCCACAACAGGGACUGCUAUGCACUCAGGAUCUGGAGACCAUGAAUCACCAAGUUACUCUGCCUAAGGAGGAUUUUUACAGAAAUGAGUAUUUGAAGGUGCUUGAGGCUGUUAUUUCUCAGCUGGACAAUAGGUUCCUUCAACAAGGUUUUAUUGAUUACUGUCAUCUGGAAGAUGUGCUGCUUAGCACGGGAAAAGGAGAAUCCGACAGUGUUAUUGAAGAGAAACUGGGAAUCCUUUCUAAAUACCCAGAGUUCAAUGUUCGAAUGUUAAAGGUCCAAUUGGAAAUGUUUGCCCACAAAAACAGCUACAGCUCUUUGCCAGAAGCCGUAAGUCUUUACAAUUCUGUAAGUCCUGAAGUUAAGGAGUUUUUCAGUGAGUUGGGUAAAUUUCUGAAACUUUUGCUCAUAAUUCCUGUGAGCACAACUGUGAGUAAGCAGGUCUGCUGCCCUUUCCAGAGACUGAAGACUUUGUUGAAGCUCACCACCACUGAGACGCGCUCAAAUGAUGUAGCGGUUUGCUAUGUGAAUGAGACACGCUUAGACAACCUGUGUUUGGAAACUGUUGCACACAACUUUGUUCAUGGUUUUUGAUAAUUUCAGUUCUGAUUUUUCUAUGUGUCUUAUUGGAACGUUGGAUGUGGCUCAAAUGCAUUUGUACAACGUAGCAGCAGUUUUAGUUCUAUGUAUUUCUCAUUAGCCAGCCUUUAAUUUGUAUUGAGAAAGGCCCAGAUUUGUCAAGCCUUGGAGAGUAAUAAAUUGCACGGUGAUAAAGUAACAAUCAAUCAACCUGUCAUUUUUCAAACACAGCCUGUAACAUGAGCUGGUUGGUUGGUACUUUAUCACUGUGCAAGGCUUGAUAAAUCUGGACUGAAAUGUUUAAUUUCAGCUUUGCUACACAUCCUAUAGUGAUGUUUGUCUGCGUGAGGUUUCUGACUUUUUAAUUUUUUUUUUUUUAAGGUCUGUUAAGUCAUAUUAACCCUGCCAGUCUUCAUACUUACACACACACACACACACACACACACACACACACACACACACACACACACACACACACACACACAC